AUGGCGUCCGCCGCGGCGGCGAUGUUCAACAGGGGAGGCAGUGGGCCGAGCAAAGAGAACACCAUGAGAGGGCUGGUCUCCUUCAUAGCAGACCUACGAAACGCGCGAGCACGGGAGCUGGAAGAGAAGCGCAUCAACAAGGAGCUGGCGAACAUACGGCAGAAGUUCAAGCAGGGCAGCUUGACGGGGUACGACAAGAAGAAGUACGUCUGCAAGCUGCUGUACAUCUACAUCCUGGGCUGGAACGUCGACUUCGGGCAUACAGAGGCUGUUAAGUUGAUCUCGGCGACCAAGUACUCGGAGAAGCAGAUUGGUUAUCUGGCGGUUACGCUGUUCUUACACGAGGACCAUGAGUUAUUACCUUUGGCGAUCAACAGCAUACGGAAGGACCUUCACGACUACAAUGAGCUGAACAACUGCCUUGCGCUGCAUGCGAUUGCGAAUGUUGGGAGCAAGGAGAUGGGAGAGUCGUUAUGCGCCGACGUCCACCGGUUAUUGAUCUCUCCAACCUCGAAGCCGUUCGUCAAGAAGAAGGCAGCCCUUACCAUGCUGAGACUGUAUCGCAAAGUGCCGAGUAUCAUACAGCCGGAGUGGAGCGAGCGGAUAAUAGCAAUCAUGGACGACCCGGACAUGGGAGUGGCUCUGUCUGUGACGUCUUUGGUGAUGACCAUUGCUCAGGAUGAUCCGGACGGCUACAAAGGAUGCUACGUCAAAGCUGCGAGCCGGUUACGGAAGAUCGUCGUUGACCACGAAUACUCGGGCGACUAUGUCUAUUACAAAGUGCCUUGUCCCUGGCUGCAGUGUAAACUGCUUCGAUUACUACAGUACUUUCCACCUUCAGAAGACUCGCACAUCAGACAACUCAUGCGGGACUCACUGCAAGCAAUUCUUGAUGCCGCAAUGGAGAUGCCCAAGAACGUACAGCAGAAUAAUGCACAGAAUGCUGUGCUGUUUGAAGCCAUCAACCUUAUCAUUCACCUGGAUACGGAGCGGGACCUCAUGGUGCACAUCUCCACCAAGCUCGGGAAAUUCAUUGCUUCUCGAGAGACAAACGUGCGGUAUCUGGGCUUGGAGGCCAUGACACAUCUCGCAGUACGGACAGAAACACUGGAUCCGAUCAAGAAGCACCAGGACAUUAUCAUCGGCACGCUGAAGGAUAGGGACAUCACCGUGCGGCGGCAGGGGCUCGAUCUGCUUUACAGCAUGUGCGACUCCACCAACUCUCAGAAGAUCGUGCAGGAGCUGCUUAAGUAUCUGCAAACUGCGGAUUAUGCCAUUCGGGAGGAGAUGGUGCUGAAGAUCGCUAUCCUUACAGAGAAGUACGCAACGGACGUCAAGUGGUAUGUCGACAUCUCGAUGCGAUUGAUCGCAAUGGCUGGAGAUCAUGUGAGCGACGAAGUAUGGCAGCGAGUAAUCCAGAUUGUUACGAAUAACGACGAGCUGCAGAUCUAUGCUGCACAAACCAUCCUGCGAUACUGCCAAGCGGACCACUGCCACGAGACGCUGGUCAAGAUUGGGAGCUACAUCUUGGGCGAGUUUGGACAUCUGAUAGCCGACAACAAAGGCUGCAGUCCGAUCGAGCAAUUCAUGGCACUGCAAGGGAAGUUCAAUGCGUGCUCGCCUAACACACGAGCGAUGAUACUUUCGGCAUUCGUGAAGUUCGUCAACCUCUUCCCAGAGAUCAAGCCACAACUACUACAGGCGUUCCGAACAUACAGCCAUUCUCUCGACUCUGAGCUACAGCAACGAGCAUGCGAAUACCUUACCAUGGCAACGAUGCAGACGGACGAACUUCUGCGGACAGUACUGGACGAAAUGCCACCAUUCCCUGAGCGAGCAUCCGCUCUGCUAUCACGUCUUGACAAGAAGCAGGGCCCUCUCGGCGACAAGCGGACGUGGUCGGUGACUGGCAAAGACGGCAUGCCUAGCACCUUGGACCGAAGUGCGACUCUUAAGCGGAACUUCUCUUCGGCCCGGACUGCUAUGACCAAUGGCGUGACAAAUGGUGCAGUGACUGCCAAUGGUGCCAACGGCAUGGUCAAAUCGCCUAUCGACGAGCUCGCAGGCCUGGACCUCAUGAGCGGUCCAGUCAACCUCGCAAGCGCAUCCCAUCUUUCUCCCGACUGGGAACCAGGCUACAACCGCCUCCUCCUCAAACCGGAGGGCACCCUCUACGAAGACGUCCAGAUCCAAAUCGGCCUGCGCUCCGAAUACCGCGCAGACACCGGCUGCCUCAUCCUCUACUUCACCAACAAGUCCUCCGCGCCCAUUCAAUCAUUCACCACCACUCUCGAUAACCCCUCCCCCGACCAGCUGAAAAUCGACAUCAAAGACCUGCCCAACACGACCGUCCACUCGAAUUCCCAGGCACAGCAGAUGAUCAUGUUCGAAGCUAGAACAGUCUUCACCGAAUCCCCUACCAUCCGCGUCUCGUACAUGGCCGGCUCGCUGCAAGCGCUCACUCUGAAAUUGCCCGUGGCUCUGCACAAAUACAUGGAAGGCGCCGUUCUGAGCUCGGACGACUUCUUCAAGCGGUGGAAGCAGAUCGGCGGCGCGCCACGAGAGGUGCAGAAGAUUUUCUCUGGGUAUGAUGUCGGGUACGAGAGCACGAGACGGCUGCUGGAGGGUUUCAAGUGGGGUGUGUUGGCGGGCGUGGAUCCGAAUCCGAGGAAUUUUGUGGGCGCGACGGUGUUGCAUACGAGUGGAGGGAAGUUUGGGUGUUUGUUGCGGCUGGAGCCGAAUGUGGAGCAGAAGAUGUACCGGCUCACGAUUCGGGCGACUGAUGAAGCUGUACCACCGGUGCUCAUGAAGUAUAUGGAGGAGAGAUUGGCGAUGCCGUGGCCACUUUGA